AUGUGGUCAAUAUUCGUCUUAUUGUUAAUUCUAGUUCCACUUGUUGCACCGAUUAAUGUAAGCGCUUAUAUGAUUAAUCAAACAACAGCAAAUAUAUCAUGGAUAUAUCCACUUGAUAAGAAUAAUCCCGAUGAUAUCUCAUUACUCGGUGGAAUGAUAAAAGGUUUUUAUGUUAUCGUUUUUGCACCUUUAUCAAUGCAACCACCUAUUGUACAUCGUAAUUAUGAAGGUACAAUUGGUACACAAUAUUGGGAUAUUGUUGGCAAUUUAACACCUGGUACAACAUAUCAUGCACAAGUAAAAGCUUUUACAAAAAAAGGCGAUGGAAAACCAAGUGUACCAUAUAUAUUUACAGUACCAAAAGAAGAUUUUCGUGAGUGA